GCUCUUCUUUCUUUUCAUCACUCUGCGAAGAAGCAGUUACUCUCACUCAGCUCCGACUAUCGUUUUCUCCAAGAUUCAUGGUGGUGAAUCGUUUACCGUCACUCCUCUCCGCGCGAAGCUUAGCUCUGUAUUAAACCCUAACUCGCCGCGUCGGAAGCAAUCGAGCUCGUCCCUCUUCGGUGCAUUCGCCUACACUUGCGCCGGCGAUUUGGUUUCUAAUCGGGAUAGAGUUUUUGAGUUUGAACAGUUUAAGGCUAGAAUGAGUGGGGAAGACGGAAGCUUGAAGAGGCAUUCGCGUGAUAGUUUAGUGUACCUCACAACAUGUAUGAUUGGGCAUCUCGUGCAAGCGCAUCUAAAAAAUGGAUCGGUUUAUAGUGGUAUAUUUCAUGCUGCUGAUGUGGACAAGGAUUUUGGAAUUGUUCUAAAGAUGGCAUCCUUGGUUAAAGACGGUACUUUCAGAAAGCCACCGUACAAGACAUUCAUUAUUCCUGCGGAUGAGCUUGUGCAAGUUGUUGCUAAGGAUCUCUCCGUAGUGAGUGACGGCAAGUUAAAUGCCGUUCAGAGGGAGAAGUCGGUGGAGCUUUUGACGGAUUCUUCUAUAUCGAAGCCUUGUCGUGUUGUUCAGAGAAGCGAGCGAAAACCCAGGGUACUUGACGGUGAAGCUCCUGAGGGUCUGGAUAAUGUGUUUGAUGAGUCUUGCAAAAGUGAAAGCAUAUAGUAUAUUGUGAGAAAGAUCCCUUGGUGAAUGUCCAUAAGAGUAGGAAGACUGCAGUUUAAGCCUUUAAGUGAAGAACAAGUGCUCAAAGCUACACCUCUAAUGGUGUCAUUUCAACUAAAGGUUCAAGAAAGUACAAGUCUUGUUCAAACUGUGGAAGAAGAAAAUUCGCCCGGCAAGGAAUCUGCUGAGGCGCCACCCUCAAGUAUGAGUUCAAGUCAGCUGACGUAUAGGCCUGAAGAGUGGAAAGAGGAAGGUAUCAAAUCAUUCUUCAAAGUGGCGACUGGAGCGUCUCGAGAAGCCGCUAUUGCUUGCCUCAGUAAUUGCAAGUGGAAUCAAGACGACGCCAUCAGUUAUUUCUUUGGAGAUUACACAGAAGCUAUUCAAGAUAGUACAAGUCCCGUUAAGGAAUCUGCUGAGGCGCUGUCGUCAAGUAUGAGUUCGAUUGUCAAAUCAUUCUGCGAUGUGGUUAUUGUAGCGUCUAGAAAAGACGCAGAAGCUUGCCUUAGUCACUGCAAGUGGAAUCAAGAAGACGCCAUCAGUUAUUUCUUUGGAGAAUACACAGAAGCUAAUCCUGAAAUUGCGUGGUCUCAGGCAGGUGAGAGUCAGCCCUUUCAGAAUGAAACAAAUGCAGAUCAGAGCUGCUCUAUACCUGGUGAUCACGCUGGUCACCUUCCCUCUGAACAGCGGUCCAAAGAUUUUCCUCCCCAAGACAGCAGUACCAGUGAGAGCCAGUUGGGUGAGCGAAGAAACAACAAUAAUCCAGAGGGUGCCCACAGUAACAGAACACCUGAGAAAUCAGUUUCUGGUUCUGGUCAUGGAGGCAGUGGCGAACCUGUUAAGAAAAUGUUGUGUGUUUGGAAUAUAGACAUCAAAGAAGGUGGCGGUGGAACCUCGGCGUCGAAGACUGUUGCUGAGAAUGAAAGGCAAGUCAGUCAAGUUUCUGGUGAAACAAAAUCUGAAAGCGCUUUUGGGCAGUCGGAUUCUAGAAGAAUUUCAGAGAGCGGCCCAGCUCCACCGACGUCAACUCGUCCUGGACUAUCACCAAGCUCGUCAAUUAGUUCGUUGCCCUCACCAGAAAAGUCCACUCUUAACCCGAAUGCAAAGUGUGAACAGUUUAAGGCUACAAUGAGUGUGGAAGAUGGAAGCUUGAAGAGGCAUUCACGGGAUAGUUUAGUGUACCUCACGACAUGUAUGAUUGGGCAUCUCGUGGAAGCGCAUCUUAAAAAUGGAUCGAUUUAUAGUGGUAUAUUUCAUGCUGCUGAUGUGAAGAAGGAUUUUGGAAUUGUUCUAAAGAUGGCAUCCCUGGUUAAAGACGGUACUUUACCAGGGCAUAAAUCUCGUUCCCAGUUUGUCAGAAAGCCACCUUACAAGACAUUCAUUAUUCCUGCGGAUGAGCUUCUGCAAGUUGUAGCUAAGGAUCUCUCCGUAUUCAGUGACGGCAAGUUAAAAGCCGUUCAGAGUGAGAAGUCGGUGGAGCUUUUGACGGAUUCUUCUAUAUCAAAGUCCUGUCGUGUUGAUCAGGGAAGAGAGCUAAAACCCUGGGUACCUGAUGGUGAAGCUCCUGAGGGUCUGGAUAAUGUGUUUGAUAAGCCUUGGAAACGUGGGGGAUGGGAUCAGUUUAAGGUGAAUCAGGAACGGUUUGGAGUAAAGAGCACCUUCAAUGAGGAAAUGUAUACCACACCACUUGACAGAGGUCUUCGGACUAGAGAGCUGGAAGAGAAAGCCGGAGAGAUAGCGAGAGAGAUUGAGGGUGAAAAUACCGGAGAUCUUCAUGUAGCAGAGGAAAGAGGCCUUCAAGUUAAUGAGAAAUUUGACACUGACGAGGAAGCUAAAUACUCAGCUGUCCGUCGAGUUGAUGGAUUUGAUGAUAGUGGGUUUGAUGAGGAAGACGAGAAAUUGCUGGACACUUGCAACGAUCAGACUUUCGGUGGUUCAUCUACUUCUAUUGUCCAGAAGCCAGCUUCUUCUAGUGGCCAGAAGCCAACUUCUUCUAGUGGCAAGGGUUAUGGGGGUGAGAGCUGCUCGAUAUCUGAUGAUCACGCUGGUCACCUUCCCUCUGAACAGCGGUCCAAGGAUUUUCCAGCCCAAGGCAGCAGUAUCAGUGAGAGGCAGUUGGGUGAGCGAAGAAACAACAAUAAUCCAGAGGUUGCCCGCAGUAACAGAUCACCUGAGGCAUCAGUUUCUGGUCAUGGAGGCAGUGGUGACCUGUUGAGAAAAUAUUGUGUUUGGAAUAUAGAUAUCGAAGAAGGUGCAAAUCUUGGUGGUGGUGGAACCUCCUCGGCUUCGAUGACUGUUGCUGAGAAAGAAAGGCAAGUCAGUCAAGUUUCUGGUGAAAGAAAAUCUGAAAUCUCUUUUGGUCAGUCGGCUUCUAGAAGAGGUUCAGAGAGCGGCCCAGCUCCGUCGGCGUCAACUCGUCCUGGACUAUCAUCACCAAGCUCGUCAAUUAGUUCGUUGCCGUCAUCAGAAAAGUCCAUUCUUAACCCGAAUGCAAAGGAAUUCAAACCAUCGCAAUCACCAGCUCCUGUACGGCCUCAAUCUCCAAUUGCAGGUGGCUCAUUCUACUACGCUGCUCCAACUCCACCGGUUCAGCAGAUGCCUGUAAUGCCUGCUGGUUAUGGAAUUCAACCGCAAUAUCCUGGACAGCAGCAGCUUCUUCGUUAUCCUGGCCACGAGUAUCCUCAAACUUAUUAUCCUCCAAAUGCACCGCCCCAGUAUCAGCAGUGGCAACAGCUGAUGAUGCAAGGUCAGGAGCUGAUGAUGCAAGGUCAGCAACCUAGGCCGCCGGAUAUGAUUUACAUGCCGCUGCCUCCUCCUUACCAGCCGGGAAAUCCACAUAAUCAAGGAUGAGAGUAAUAAACAGUUGGCCAUGAUGUUGUUUUUCUGAGAAGGAAGGACUUAAACGAACUAAUCUGUUUUGGUUUAUGCUCCUUUCUCUCUCUCUUGCUUAGUCAAUUACUGGAACCAUUUUCUACUUUUUAGAUUCCCCAUUGGAUUUUAAUAUCUAGUGUUAAAAGGAAAAAAACAAAAGAACAUAACAAUGUACUUGUAUUCUCUUGAAUCUGAAGGUGUACAUAUUUUAGAGUUUAGGUCA